ACUGUAAACAACGUCACGUGAGCUGACAAAUAUCUUGCCCUAACCCGUAAUCUCGAUACGAGACUAUUAGUGCUUUAUCUCCGCGCACAGUCGAGCGUGGACGUAUGCACAUCCAGAUAUCAGCACACGAUAUCGGACGAAGAUAAGCCAGAGAGGACUCGGACUACGAUGAGCCAGCAACCGCGAAGAUCUCCGGAGCUGUACGAGCCUGCGCGAGCGGUGGGCGAGGUAUCUGCGGCGGAGGCGAAGCUGGAGAAGAUUAACCAACCGCAGAUGACAUUGCGAGCAUUAGUAGUUGGUCUUGGAAUUGGUUCAAUUGUGCUGUUUUCAAACUUCCAAUUCGGUUUACAGACGGGAUGGAUUUCGAUGAUGAGUUUGCCCUCGGCGCUUUUGGCUUUCGCUGCUUUCAAGACGUUCCAAAGUCAUCUGUCGUAUCCUUUCACUGACGUCGAGAAUGUAUUUGUCCAAAGUGUCGCGGUAGCAGUCGGAACCGGCCCUCUCGGGUUUGGCCUAGUGGGUGUCAUCCCCGCGCUUGAGAAAUUUCUUACUCCGGAAGAAGGCGGUCCUGUGAAGCUCUCGAGUCUGCAGAUUUUAAUCUGGAGCGCUGGAAUUGCUUUCUUUGGCGUCUUUUUCGCCAUUCCUCUACGGAAGCAGGUGAUUGUGAAGGAGAAACUUCGGUUUCCUUCAGGAAGCGCGACGGCGACGAUGAUUAGCGUGCUACAUGAGAAACCGGAUCCCACGCCGACGCCGACCGAGCAUGAACUACCAACCACCAGCUCUUCCUCCUCAGCAGUCGAUGUCGAACCUACGGAUGCAGUAAAGACACUACCGGAAGCAGACGCGUACAGACGAAACAUCCACAACCUGAUUGUGUCGUUCAACAUCUCAGCCGGUUACACGAUCGCGGCGUACUUCAUUCCGUUGCUUCGCAGCCUGCCCGUGUUUGGCACAAAUUUGGCCAAGAACUGGCUCUGGACCCUUCAGCCUUCGCCCGCGUACGUAGGCCAGGGUAUAAUCAUGGGUCUCCCGACCGUGAGCUCGAUGCUGUUUGGUGCGUUUCUGGGAUGGGCGGUACUGGCGCCGAUGGCGACUAAACUAGGCUGGGCGCCUGGUCCGAUCGACGACUGGAAAACGGGAGGGCAGGGAUGGAUUCUGUGGAUUGCUCUGGCUAUUAUGGUGGUCGACAGUGUUAUUUCGUUUGUGGUCGUCGUCGGUAGGAGUUUGUACAAAAGCUUUAUGCAGAAGAGUGAGUUGUACGCCAGCAUUCCGGCUGCGGAGCAAGAUACGCACGCGGAUGAGGCGAUGGUGGAGGUUGACGAGGAGGUAGAGGAAGAGGAUGCGCCGGAAGAGCAUUUGGUUUCAAAGACCGUGACGCUUGCAGGAAUUGCCGGAUCCACGCUUUUAUGUAUUGUGGCGAUCAAGAUCGUGUUCAGCACCGUUCCUCUGUAUGCGAUCUUUGCGGCGAUCCUGAUUGCUUUCGCGCUGUCGAUCCUCGGCGUGCGCGCGCUUGGAGAAACAGACUUGAAUCCGGUGUCUGGGAUUGGCAAGAUCUCGCAGUUGCUAUUUGCUCUGAUUGUUCCCCGAAGCAAUCCCGCGGCUGUGCUGAUCAACUUGAUUGCAGGCGGCGUUGCGGAAGCCGGUGCGCAGCAGGCAGGCGAUUUGAUGCAAGAUCUCAAGACUGGGCAUGUGCUAGGAGCUUCGCCCAAGGCGCAGUUUUACGCGCAAAUCAUUGGCACCGCGUACUCUAUUCUUCUCUCGACGGUGGUGUACAGGCUGUAUAAUGCGGUGUAUGAAAUUCCAGGCGCGGUGUUUCGUAUCCCGACUGCGGUGGUGUGGAUUGACUGCUCGCGCCUGGUGACGGGAGCAGGUCUACCUACGCACGCGCAAACUUUUGCGCUGGUGUUUGGGCUCUUGUUUGGCAUUCUGUCGGUAGUCAAAGCGCUGUACGCCAAACGAUGGUGGUCAGUCUGGAUCCCAUCCGGCGUAGCGGUCGGCGUCGGGAUCUACAACUCGCCCUCGUUCACGCUAGCUCGGUUCGUGGGCGGCUUGGCGAGCUGGUACCUGUCGCGCCGGCAAUCGUAUUUCAGAGCUGACCAGGUUCCGCUCGUGAUCACUGCGAGCGGGCUUGUGUUGGGAGAAGGAUUGUUUAGUGUGUUGACUAUGCUGAUGACGAGUUUGAAGGUCCCGCAUUUUUAGCGGGUUGAGAUAGAGUGCGUGCAUUUGCAGAUGGCGGAUAGUUUUUUUUUUUACUUUCUUUAUUGGUUAUUGUUAUUACUGAUGGGGUUUAUUGCAUCGCAGUUAGUUGACUGUAUUUGAUUGUUAUUUCUUGAUGAUCUGUUUGGUAGUAAAAGGACGUUGCAUAUAGA